AUGGCGGCACGGAUGCUUCAUUCUUCCCCCUGCAAAACUCGUAUAUACACAAACCAGUGGGCAGUGAGGAUAUCCGGCGGGCCCGAUCUGGCGCACAGGAUAGCGGCGAAAUAUGGAUAUACUAACCUGGGACAGGUCGGAGGAUUGAAAGACCACUACCUCUUCUCCCACUGUGGGACACAGAGGAGAGCUUUCUUCCCCAGCCAAGCCUGGCACAGCCUCAUAACUGCGGACACAGAGGUGCAGUGGGUCCAGCAGCAGGUUCUGAAGAGGAGGGUUAAACGGCAAUGCAAAGCUGCUGGCCAAAGCACCGCCCCCUAUGCUCCCUCCUCUUAUAUGAACAUCGCUGGGGCCUGGGGGCGGGGCUACACUGGGAGGGGUGUCGUGGUCACCAUUUUGGACGAUGGCAUUGAGAGAAAUCACAGUGAUCUGGUGGAGAAUUACGAUGCUGAGGCUAGCUUUGAUGUCAUCGGACAUUACCGUGAUCCAAUGCCCCCAUACGAUUCCAGCAAAGACGACAAACACGGGACGCAAUGUGCUGGGAUAGUGGCUGCCUCAGCCAACAGCUCCGUGUGUGGUGUCGGAGUCGCCUUCAAUGCCAAAAUCGGGGGGGUGCGUGUGUUGGACACAGUGGGUGUGACGGAUGUGGAGGAGGCGUGGGCCCUGAGCCUGCAGCCGCAGCACGUGGACGUGUACACUGCCAGCUGGGGGCCGGACGAUGACGGCCGGACUGUGGAUGGCCCCGGCCCCCUUGCCCGUCUGGCCCUGGAAACCGGCAUUCGACUGGGCAGGAAGGGACAGGGCUCCAUAUUUGUGUGGGCGUCGGGUAACGGAGGGCGGAGCCUGGAUCACUGCUCAUGUGAUGGCUACACCAGCAGCAUCUACACCAUCUCUGUGGGCAGCACCACCGAGCCAGGUAUCAGCACUACCCAGCCAGGUAUCAGCACCACCCAGCGGGACAGCAGCAGCACCCAGCCGGACAGCAGCAGGCCCUGGUACCUGGAGGAAUGCGCCUCGACCCUCUGCACCACCUACAGCAGUGCAACAGGACACCAUGGCAAGAUCGUGACCUCUGACCUGCAGCAGGGCUGUACAGGUGGCCUCUCUGCCUCCAUUGCCGCUGGGAUCAUCGCCCUCACCCUGGAAGCCAAUCCUGGGCUGAGCUGGAGGGAUGUUCAGCACAUCAUCGUGAGGACGUCCCGUCCUGCUCACCUGAGUGCACCCGACUGGCACACCAACAGUGCCGGAUACCACGUCAGUCACCUGUAUGGGUUUGGGUUGAUGGACGCUGAGGCAAUGGUGAGGGAGGCAGAGAAAUGGACGCUCGUUCCCGCCCAGCACACCUGUGUGGAGAACAUAGACCGCCAUGUCAGGGCCAUCCCUGCCCACGGUGUGCUAAGGGUGGGGCAGGAUGCCACAGGCUGCCGCCAUCUUCCUCUCCAUCAUGUCCGCUUCCUGGAGCACGUGGUGGUUAGAGCAACCAUCACCCACCCCCACCGAGGACACCUGUCAAUUAAUCUCGUCUCUCCCUCGGGAACAAGGUCCCAGCUCCUCUCCAACAGGCCACUGGACCGCUCCGCAGGGGGCUUCCAGGACUGGGAGUUCAUGACGACGCAUUGCUGGGGGGAGAGAGCAGCAGGGGAGUGGACCCUGGAGGUCCACCAGUCACCACGCCGACCCCGGCGCCAGAACGCAACAGGGGAAUUGAAAGAAUGGUCUCUAGUUCUUUAUGGCACAUCUGUGUUUCCAUACUCCUCUGUGCGUGCCAAACAACCACGCUCUGCUGAGCUAUUGGCUGAUGAUGAGCAAGACUACAGCGGACCAUGUGACCUGGAGUGUAAUGCGUUUGGCUGUGAAGGACCAGGCGCCCAUCAGUGUUUUGGCUGCUUACAUCACUUCCUGAAGCACAGGAACAACACCAGGACCUGUGUGUCGGAGUGUCCCUCCGGGUUCUACGCAGACAGCAGGGGGCGCUGUAGGAAAUGCUACUUCCUGUGCGCGGCAUGCAUGGGCAGCCGCAGAGACCAGUGCACUUCCUGUAAGGCGGGAUACCACUCCCAGGAAGGAAGCAGCACCUGUGUGUCUGGCUGUGCACACGGAUAUUACCUAGGUAACGAUGGCAGUGUGUGCAGGAAAUGCAGUGAAAACUGUGUGAAAUGUACAUCAUCAGAUACCUGUCUGGAAUGUGCACCUGGCACAAGUCUGCAGGGUGGUGUGUGUGGCAGGAGCUGUGAGACGGGCAGCUUCUAUAGCCGAGAGCGUAAGGAGUGUGAGCCCUGUGUUCGAGCGUGUGCUUCCUGCACAGGUGCAGGUGAGGGGGAAUGUACCACUUGUGCAGAGGGCUUCCUGUUGGAGGACCAGAAGUGUGUGCCCUCCUGCAGUGACGGAUUCUACCCUGCAAUUGACCUGGGUACCUGCAACAGGUGUGAGCCCAGCUGUCUGACCUGUGUGGGCCCCGGCACAGCCUGCAGCAGCUGUGUGAGUGGGCUCACUCUGCAGUCUGGGGCCUGCGUCCACAGCAGCGACUGCCGGCUCGGGGAGUAUCAGGAUGAGUCUGGAGCGUGUCACCUGUGUGACGUCACCUGUCACCUGUGCAAAGGCCCGGAGACCUGGGACUGCCUCAGCUGCACACCUGGCAGGGCGCUGGAGGAGGGGCGCUGUGACACAGGCUGUUCGCCCGGGCUGUACCCGUCAGGCGGGCAGUGCCACCCCUGUGACCUCACCUGUGGGGAGUGCUCUGGAGGUGGCCCAGAGAACUGCACUGCCUGCGGAACAGAUCACGUCGGGGUGGAGCGGUUCCUUUUCCGCGGGCAGUGCGUGGACGCCUGCCCGGAGCAUCACUUCCUGUCAGGGGGGCGGGGCUGCGACCCCUGCCCUGAGAACUGCAGGGUGUGCAGCGGCCCUGACUGGUGCCUGAGUUGUGACCCCUCCCACUCUCCCACCGAUGGAGUCUGCUCUCCUCUGGAGUGUGGAGACGGGGAGGUGGAGGACCCAGAGUACGGCGACUGUAUGGUGUGUGAGGAGGGCUGCAGGAAGUGUGUACUGUAUAAUCCUCGGCACUGCCUGUCCUGCACCGAGGGCUUCUAUCAGUUCCAGGACAGCUGCUAUAAGGCGUGUCCGGCGAAGUCGUACAGUGUGGAGGAGGAGAUGACGUGUGUGAAAUGCCCUGAGACCUGCGUCAGCUGCAACCAGAAGGAGUGCUUCUGGUGUGAAGCUGACCUCUUCCUGUCAGAUGGCCAGUGUGUACAGCAGUGUGAGGAAGGUUACUAUGGCGACGAGGAAAGUCAGGAGUGUGAGCGUUGCCAUGGCGACUGCAGGACGUGCAGUGGCCCUGAUGAAGAUGACUGUGACUCCUGUGAGGAGGGGGCGCAGCUUGAUGAUGGAGUGUGUGUGAGACAGCAGAGCCCCUGUCCCUGGAGCAGCUUCCUGACUGAUGCAGGGGCGUGUGAGUCCUGUCACUCCUCGUGCGAGACCUGUUGGGGGAAGGAGAGGAACCAGUGCAGCAAAUGUGGGAAAGGCAGGUUCCUCAGCGCCCAGCAGACGUGUGUGGGGAGGUGCCCGGCGGGGAGCUUUGGGAGCGGGCGCAGGCGUUGUGAGGCGUGCCCUGCUGGGUGUGCCCUGUGUGGGGAGGAGGGGCUAUGCCUCCGGUGCCUGUCUGGCCUCAGCGAGCCGCUCUACCUGCAGGAGGGGCAGUGUGUGCGCCAGUGUCUCAGGGGGUACCCUGCUGGGCAGGUGUGUGAGAGCUGUGUGCCGGGGUGUGUGUCGUGUGCAGGGAAUGCCACACACUGCCUGCUCUGUGCGGAGCCUCUGCUGCUGCUGGCGCACAGCUGUGCUGCAGCCUGCCCCCUGAGACUCCUCCCCCUGGGGGGGCGCUGCCAGCCCUGCCCCCCCGCCUGCCUCCGCUGCUCCACCAGCAACCUGUGCGUGGAGUGUGAGGAGCCUCAUGUCCUCUAUGAGGGACACUGUGUGGAGGAAUGUCCGACUGGAUUUUUCCUGAAUGUGGGAGAGAAGGUGUGUGAGCGGUGUUCCAGGCCGGACCAGGGACCCUGCCGAGUGUGCACUGAUCCCGGAAGCGUCUGGCACAAAGGAAAAUGCUGGAGUGAGUGUCCGAGCAACACUUACCACGACCUGCAGAUCGGGGAGUGCAAGGAGUGUGAGGAGUCCUGUCUGACCUGUGUGGGCCUGGGUUCGAGUCAGUGCAGCAGCUGCAGGGAGGGGCUGGAGUUGGACGGGGAGGGCCGGUGCGUGGGUAUCCCAGCGUGCACCGCUCAGUCCUACAGGGACGCGCAGGGGCGCUGCCAGCCCUGCCACAGCCACUGCGUCCGCUGCUCAGGACCCAGCAAGCUGCACUGCCUCGGCUGUGGCCCCGGCCACUUCCUCCUUAACGGCAGCUGUUUUGAUGUCUGUCCCGUGGGGUUCCUGAGAGACACUGAGCGGUGGCAGUGUGAGCCCUGUCACCCGUCCUGUCUGUCCUGUGUGGGCCGGCUCAGCCAGGGCUGCCUCACCUGCAAACCACACCUGUUCCGCCAGGGCAAGGAGUGUGUGCACACCUGCCAGCCCAGUUACUACGGUAACGUGUCGACGGGGGCGUGUGAGCGCUGUGACCUCAGCUGUGGAGAGUGCUCGGGGGGCGGGGCUGCUCGCUGUCUGAGCUGCGCUGACGGACACCUGUACCUGCGGACACACGGACACUGCCAUCCAUCCUGCCCUCCAGGCCACUACCCCGACACCCGUGAGCAGACCUGCGAGAGCUGCCACUCCUCCUGUAGAACCUGCACAGAUAAGGGGUUCCUGGCCUGUGAUUCAUGUCACCAUGGAUACAGACUUUCUGGAGGGAUGUGUGAGUCCCGUUGCAUCAUGGGACAAUACCCUGUUCCUGAGAGCACCCCCCUGAGGUGCGAGAGGUGCGAUGCAUCCUGCCUGGCCUGUCAUGGCCCCAGCCCCCACAACUGCACCCUGUGUCCGGCAAUGGACCUCCUGACCACAGAGGGGCGCUGUCUCCCAUGCUGCGGGAAUGAGACACAGCCAGAGUGCUGCAACUGCACAGAGACACGUGAUCAAUGUGUCCUCAGAACUAACUUCGCUCUCCACAACAUGGAUGCUUCAACUGGUACCUCUGUGGUCUUCAUCACCACCAUCAUGCUCCUGCUCCUGGGUCUCGGAACCAUAGUCUUCCUCAUCUGGCGGGGGCGGUCCAAACGGCAGCCCCAGGAGAGCGCGCGUGGGUACGAGAAGCUCGGGGGCCACAGGGGCCCCGCCAGCAGCACGGCACCCUCCCAUCACCAGGGGACACAGCUGGUGGACCUCUCUGAGAGAGACUAUGACGACGAUGACGACGAUGACGAGGAAGACAUUGUUUACAUGAGCAGGGACGGCACGGUCUAUCGCAAGUUCAGAUAUGGACACCCAGGGGACCAGGAGGAACAGGGGCUGGAAUUUCACACCAGGAAAUACUCUUUCCCAUAGUGAUAGCAUAUACUCCUGAUUGGUUCCCCCCCUCAACAGCAGCCGAGCAGUGGACCAAUAGGAUUCCCCAGAGUGUCCUCCUCCUUUACUUGGCAUUCUGCAGUUGAUUUGCAUGACGGGUUUGAGUGGUUGGUUGUAGUUUUGUUUGCAGACAAUAUGGAAAUAUGUUUGAUGUGAUCAUGCCAUCAUUAUUUGCCUAUUCAAAAAAAAAAAAAACCUGUGUUUUAAAACAUUGAUACAGAGGUGAUAUUUUUUUCAGUAUUCCCAGAGCACAACACCAGAGCUUUUACAUUUAAAUUUAGCCAACUUUAAAGGCCACCAAAAACAAAACAGUGCAAAUAACAAGCAUUGGAACAGAGUAGGCUGAAAUACUAUUGAUGGCAUAACUAAGUUUGACAAUUCACACGAUGAUCUUAAAUUAAUAUUACAA